GCAUCCGCCGCUGGUCCUCCCAAAGUACUUCUUAAAGCAUCGGCUUCCUCUUUCUCCUCUCCUCGCCCUCUCCCUCCUGGUUUACACUUCAAACUCUCCUUUGUUCAUUUGGCAAUACCUGCACGGCCUGCACGGCCGGACAAUGCUAACAACAUUCUCCAGUCCCUGUUUUCAACUGACCCCAUUCCAUUCAAACCAGAAACUCGCCUCCGCCCUCCCUCCCCGACGCCCCCAUUUCCAAUGGCAGAUCUCUCCACUUCCUCCGGUCGGGAUCCCGACUCCGACUCUAGAGAAGCAAACAACGUCCUGUCCCAGCAUCUGCACCCUCAGUUCACUGCUUCCCUCCAGGAUGAACUGACUGCACCCCCCGCUGAGCCCCCAGCCGAGCAAAGUAGUGGUGAUGCUCCGUCCGAACCCCAAUCCUCCCUGAGACUGCAAGGCGGCGACAUCCAUCGAGACUUGUACCGUCUCGACGCCAAAUCCAAGAUAGCUCGCCUGGACAAACGGGCGGCCACGUUCUCCUUCCUUCCGAGACGCACGGAUGAUGUGGUGGAGGAAGGCGUGGCAGCCAUGGAGCCGGGGAGCUUCCGCCGUCACUUCGUUCAGAACAAGUACGGUCGGCUCGACCAACCGGGCGUAACCUCGUCCUUUCUCGAUUUCCUAGAUAUUUAUGGUAACUUUGCGGGCGAGGAUCUGGCCGACACAGAGGAGGAAUCAGCCAUCGUCGAAGAGGAAGAAGAAGAGGAUGAGACGAGGCCGGUGUCCGAACGAACUGCCCUCUUGCGGCGACGGCGGAGCUCACGAGCCAGCCGCCCAGGCGAUGCUUCCAACGUCAAGACGUUCUUCACACUCUUGAAGGCAUUUGUGGGAACGGGAAUCAUCUUCUUACCCAAGGCCUUCCGCAACGGCGGAAUCCUGUUUUCCUCCAUCACCCUCGUAACAGUGUCGUUGAUCAGUACCUUGUGUUUCCAUCUGUUGCUGGAAUGUCGGAGACACUAUGGUGGUGGCUAUGGCGACAUUGGUGAGCGGAUUGGUGGCACCCGACUUCGGACGUUGAUCCUUGCAUCCAUCGUAAUCUCGCAACUGGGCUUCGUGUGUGCUUGUAUCAUCUUCACCGCGGAGAACAUCCACGCCGUCCUGGAAGCGGUGACAACGGACCUGGGCACAGCUUUGUCAACCGGUAAAUUAAUCGCCGUACAACUGCUUGUGCUCAUCCCACUGUCCUUGAUCCGAAACAUCUCCAAGCUGGGCCCCAUUGCGUUGCUGGCGGAUGUCUUCAUCCUCGUAGGCUUGGCGUACAUCUACUUUUAUGACAUUGCCAGUCUCGCGUCCCGUGGUCUGGCGUCGUCGGUCGAACUCUUCAAUCGCCAAUCGUUCACCCUGACCAUCGGAUCGUGUAUCUUCACCUUUGAGGGAAUUGGCUUGAUUCUGCCGAUCCAGUCUUCCAUGAAGCGGCCUGAGCAUUUCGACAAACUCCUCUAUACUGUCAUGAUCAUAAUCACGGUAUUGUUCACGGCGGUGGGCGCGCUCUCGUAUGCCACCUUUGGCGCGGAGACCAAAACGGAGAUCAUCAGCAACCUGCCCCGCACGGACCGCUUUGUCAAUGUGCUCCAGUUCGUCUAUUCGCUCGCCAUCCUGGUCAGUACGCCGAUCCAGCUGUUCCCCGCCGUCCGUAUUAUCGAGGGCAAGCUCUUCGGCCAGAACUCAGGCAAGCGCGACCCCAUGAUCAAGUGGAAGAAGAAUGUGUUCCGGACCAGUGCCGUGAUGAUCUGCGGGCUGAUUGGAGCUGUGGGGGCCGGGGAUCUGGACAAGUUUGUCUCGUUGAUCGGGUCGUUUGCCUGUGUUCCCCUGGUGUAUAUCUACCCGGCGUACUUGCACUGGAAGGGCGUAGCCGAGUCCCCAUGGGUCAAACGAGGCGACAUUGCAAUGAUGGUCCUGGGAGUAGUGUUCAUGGUGUACACGACAAGCGCCACCGUCUCCGUUUGGCUAGAAGGAUCCGCCUAAAGCAAUCCAUCGACAUGAGUGUGGCGUAGGGAUACGGCGUUUUGGUUUCGCAUCUCGCAUUUGUUGGAGAAAAACAGGGGGCCCGGUGCCCUGGCUCAGGUUUGUCAGUCAAUCAGCACACGAUCGCCAUACUCCGGCCUGUUGACUGCUACUAACCACCACACAGCCAGACUCUUAUCUUUCUUUUUGCUCUCAACCGGCCGCCAUGGAGCUAACGGUCUGAAUUCAUACAGCGUUACUGAAGUUUAGCAUUUCGCAUGUGCAGCAGAGCCAAAUCGUAAACCCCAUCUUGGAGUUUUAGGGAACUGUUUCUCAAGUUAUACGCUGUUUUUUGCUAUUGAUGCAGGAGAGAAGAUCCGUCUCUCCUGUCUUGACGAGGGUAUGAGUGAAAUGAAAUGAAAUCGAUAUGACCUGGAAAGAAAAAAAGCAAUUAUCUACCACAUGAC